AUGUCAAACAACAAAGAAAAGUUCCACCCCGCCCUCUCGAUUACCAACGUGAAAUCCGUCAUCCCAAUCACGUUGGAUAACGAAACUGGCCAAUAUCAUUCACGGGCUGCUCUUUUCACGGUUCAACUCCGUGUCCACAAUCUCCUUGACCACAUCUUUCCUCCCACUGAGGAAGUAGCAAAGGCCGCCUACGAGAAGGAGAAAGCUGCUGACCCAGCUCUUUGGAAACGUCUCGACACCGCCAUACUGCAAUGGAUUUAUGCCACCAUAUCCUCUGACCUUCUCCAUGCCAUAUUGUUCAAGGAUGACUCGGCCCAGGCCGCAUGGAACCGCCUUGAAACUUUAUUCCUUGACAAUAAAGGAUCUCAUGCUACUCAGCUUGAAGAGGAAUUGGCUGCCGUGAAUUUUGAGAAUUUCUCCAUCAUCGAUGCUUAUUGCAACCAUGUCAAGUCAUUGUCCGAUAGACUAGCCGACGUGGAUGCUCCAGUGACGAAUAGUCGCCUUGUUCUCAAACUUACAGGAGGACUGCCAGAUUCGUACUCUAGCAUGGUUGACUACAUUCAGAACCAAGACCCACUACCCCCGUUCGAAAAUUGUCGAUCUCGUCUCAAGCUUUGA